CUCUUUCGCUCGUUCGGUCGCUCCCUGUCGCUCUCCCGGUCCGGGCGGGCGCGGCGGGGACAGGGCGCAGGGCUGCGUCCCCAUGGCGCUGGCGGCCGCCCGAGCGCGGACUCUGCGCGCCCUCAGCCGCCCGCUCCCCCCGGGCCGGGUCCGGCUGGCGGCCCGGAGCUGCUGCAGCCCGGCGGGGGCUCCCGGGGCGCUGCCGCCCGGCGGGUACCGGGCCUGGCGGGAGCGGGCGGCCCGCGACCCCGCCGGGUUCUGGGCGGACGUGGCGCGGGGGUGGCUGCGCUGGGACAGUCCCUUCCACACGGCCUGCCAGCCCGGCGAGACCGCUGGUUCCGCCCGCUGGUUCCUCGGCGGCCGCCUCAACGUCUCGGUAAAUUGCUUGGAUCAGCACGUCGAAAAGUCUCCGGACAGAGUGGCUUUGAUUUGGGAGAGAGAUGAACCUGGCACUGCAGUGCAUGUCACAUACAGGGAACUUCAGGAUCUGACUUGCCGACUUGCCAACACCCUGAAGAAAUACGGGAUCCAGAAAGGGGACAGGGUGGCCAUCUAUAUGUCUGUGUCCCCCUUGUCAGUGGCAGCCAUGCUGGCUUGUGCCAGGAUCGGUGCUGUUCACACUGUGGUCUUCGCUGGAUUCAGUGCUGAGUCCUUGGCUGGGAGAAUCAUGGACUCUGGAUGCAAAGCAGUUAUCACAUACAACCAGGGAGUCAGGGGAGGCCGAACCAUAGAGCUGAAGGCAACUGUGGAUGAAGCUGUGAAGAACUGCCCAAGCAUCAAACAUGUGUUUGUGGCUCAGAGGACAGAUAACAAAGUCCACAUGGGUGACCGUGAUAUUCCCCUUGAAGAGGAGAUGAACAAGGCAGAUUCCAUCUGCACUCCAGAGAGCAUGGACAGUGAAGAUGUGCUCUUCAUGCUGUACACCUCAGGCAGCACUGGGAAACCCAAAGGAAUUGUUCACACCCAGGCUGGAUACCUGCUGUAUGCUGCUCUCACACACAAGUAUGUGUUUGACUACCAGCAAGGCGAUGUUUUUGGCUGUGUGGCCGACAUUGGCUGGAUCACAGGACACAGCUAUGUUGUGUAUGGACCACUCUGCAACGGAGCCACCUCUGUCCUGUUUGAAAGCACUCCAGUGUACCCUGACCCAGGUCGUUACUGGGAGGUGGUGCAAAGGUUGAAGAUUAAUCAGUUCUACGGCGCACCUACAGCGAUACGCCUGCUGCUGAAUUAUGGAGAAGAGUGGGUGAAGAAAUAUGACAGAUCUUCCUUGAAGGUUUUGGGUUCAGUGGGAGAGCCCAUCAACAAGGAAGCUUGGCAGUGGUUUCACCAGGUGGUGGGAGAAGGGCGCUGUACCCUCGUGGACACGUGGUGGCAGACAGAAACUGGUGGCAUCUGCAUUGCCCCACGGCCCUCAGAGGAGAAAGCUGAGAUUGUUCCAGCUAUGGCUAUGAGACCUUUCUUUGGGAUUGUGCCUGUGCUCAUGGAUGAGAAUGGAGAGGUUAUAGAGGGCAAUGAUGUGUCUGGUGCACUCUGCAUUGCCCAGCCAUGGCCUGGCAUGGCAAGAACAAUCCAUGGAGAUCACCAGCGCUUCGUUGAUGCCUAUUUCAAAGCCUACCCAGGUUACUACUUCACAGGGGACGGUGCUUACCGGAGCCACAAAGGCUAUUACCAGAUCACGGGGCGCAUGGAUGAUGUCAUUAACAUAAGUGGACACAGGCUGGGGACGGCAGAAAUUGAAGAUGCAAUGGCUGAUCACCCUGAGGUCCCUGAGACAGCUGUGGUUGGGUAUCCACAUAAGAUCAAAGGAGAAGGUGCCUUUGCUUUCAUAGUGCUAAAGGAGCAGACAGCUCGUGUAGACCAUAUCAAAGAAGAGCUCAAAACCAUAGUGGCUUCCAAGAUAGCAAAGUAUGCUGUGCCUGACCACAUCCUGGUGGUAAAGCGCCUCCCUAAAACCCGAUCAGGGAAGAUCAUGAGAAGGCUGCUGAGGAAAGUGGUCACUGAACAAUCAAGCAACAUGGGAGAUGUCACCACACUUGAUGAUCCAAAUGUUGUCAAGGAGAUACUGGAUGCUUACCAGAAAUACAAGGAGAAGAAUUCCUCGUAAAAGGCGGCUCUGGAAUUUCUCUCCUUCAGAAAUGUGGAAGGUCUCAAAUAACCAGGCGGACAACAUAGUUCUCUCUUGGUGUUUUUAAAAACAACUGUUUCCUUCUAGGGGAACAAGAUUUUCCACUCGCAACAUUUUUGAGAUGGCACAGGGCUAGGAGCAGUCUGCAGUUUUCCACCGUCAGUGAUCUCCUUUUCCUUGUGCUCAGGGCUGUUGUAGAGCAGCUGUUGGUGGUUUCCAUGAGCUAUGCUGAAAUUUAACAUGAGCUAAAGCAAGAUGCUCUUUUUAAUGUUCCUCUUUUUAAUGUUACUGUCCAGGUAAAUGUUUUUUUACACAAUACUUCUUGCUGUUUUGAAAAAGGCCCUGGAAAACACUUCUUCAAUGUUUUCCUUCAGCUUGGAUAUCUGAGUCUAAGCAGCUGUAUUUCACUGCAACUCUGGUGCCUUUUCAGCAAUUCUGGGUGUUCUAGUAGAUGUUUCAUGUGCAUUAUUUACUAGGGACAUGAAAAGGACACGGCCACUCUGAUAAUUCUUCCUUGACUUUACCCAUUAUUCUAAUAUCUCCUUUGGCUUUCCUAUUAUGUAUUUGUUCCUGCCACCAUGUGUCCUGGGACUUCCCAGAGAUGGUGAGCCUGUCACCCUUCAUGUCCCACCUAGGUAACCCAGCACCAGCACUUGCAGCUGCAAAAAGGAGCCACAAAGCCCCCAAUGACUGGACUUCCUCCAUAUCCUCAGUGCAUUGCUGCCAUGCUGAUUUACCAAAGAGUUAAGUGCCAUGUGGGUACCCACAAACUGCACAGUCCAUGAAAAAAAGUGCCUCUUGCCUUUUGGAAAGUGAAGCAGCAUUCCAGACCAGCAACGUCAGAAUAGCAGGGAAAAAAAGCCUUUGUCUUUCCUAUGCUUUCAAAAUUGCAAUUAAUGUAGUCAGUGUUUUAUUUCUGGAUUCAUUUUAUCACGACCACAUUCCAGUUGAAGUGCUCCUGACAUUUGGCCUGUACAGAAGAAUUUGCAAGUAGGGCUCCUUAUUCCUGAAUUUAAUUGGAGCAACACUGCUUUUUCCAGGGGGACUGUGUAACAGAAGGACAAUUUGUGCACCUGACUGGAGGCAGGAAAGGCAGGAGGGAAAUGAGUAGGUGAUCUGUAGGAUUGAGAAAGGUAUGGAGAGUUUUUUGGCCAGCAGAGAUUCUGGUACCACAAUGGGAAGCAGGCAGCUUGAAGUAUGUUAUGUUCUCAAAGACAGGUGUGUUGUCUUAGAUCCCAGAGUUCCUCUGAGGACACCAGCUGCAUUUGCUUUUUAAAAAAAAAAAAUUAAAUGUCUCUAGGGACUGAAUAAUACAGUAAGGAAUACCAUGCUUUGUUAAAUAUCCCAUCCUUCUGACUGAAAUGCAUUUUACAUAAGGUAAGUAGACACCCUGUGGACUUUCUGGGAAGAUGAAGAUCAGAAGGUUUGAAGGUUUGACAGGAUGUUAAUAUUUUAGAAGAUAGACACCAUUUUAUUGCCAUUGCAAUGGAAAAAAAAAAAACCAACCCCAAAACCAACCUGCUCCCUUAAAUAAUUUUCCAGUGGGAAGCAGACAGGAGUUAAUGUUUUUGACAUAAAAAGUACACUCCCUUGUUUAAACAAGGUGUCUCCACGCAGUCUGAAAUAACAGUGUGGAGGAAGAAAAAUUACUUUUAAACUAGAUUACACACUUUUCCUUUAAUCAAAAAAGGAUUUCUUAUAUUAUGGACAUAGAACUUCCUUGUCUUGUUGACCUGAAUUUUCCCUGUGUGUUGUCCCAGUGGUCACAGACCCAUGGUUUAAUUCAUCUGAACUGUCUCACGAACACUGUCUGUGUGAGGAACAAUGUGCUUUGGUGCACUGGGACAUUUGUCAUCCAAUUCCUCUGCUCAGGGAAAAUGAGAGAUGAGUGCACUCCCUCUCCUGCAUCCCUUUUGUCUCACCUUGCAGGGGCGUAGGGACCAUGGCUGCCAGGGAUGUUCCAGGCUAACCAGGAAGCUGCAGGAGCACAACGAAUUCACAGCUGGCACAGCUGGCACAGCUGUGGUGCAGAUGGAAAGUUGUGGAUGCCCCAUCCCUGCAUUCCCUGAAAAUGUUGAAGGCCAAGUUGGAUGGGGCUGUGAGCAGCCUGGUCUAGUGGAAGGUGUCCCUUCCCAUGGCAGGGGGGUUUAACUAGAUGAUCCUUGAGGUCCUUUCCAUACAAACCUCAUUCCCACAGCUGAGCUGUGGUGCUUGGGAUGCCCAUGUGCUCAGAGGCCUGCUUGGGGUAUUCCAAGAGAGCAGGUGGUGCUGCUGUGCUGCCCACAUGGUGUUCUGCAGUGGACACAGCUGGUGCUGGGCAGCCUCAGUCUCUUGGUAAAACUGCACUUCUGCCAGUGUCUCAGCAUUGGCUCUUGGAGCUGACAGCCUGUGCCCAGCCCAUGCAAUGGCACCCUGAGUCUGGUAAAAACGCAGCUAGGCAGGGCUUGGAAAGAGCACUUCUCAUGAAAAGAAAGGCACUGUGCUUUGCUGAGUAGGCUACUCAUAGAAAGCUUUGAAUUGAAAUUGGAAUUUUUUUUUUUACAGUUUCCUUCCAGAGUUUAAAAUUUCCGUCCAGAGAAGUCCCUAUUUCUUCUUUCUACCCACUAUGUCUGCUAACUGCAGCAGUUGUCUCUUCACUGCAAGCUUGAGUUGAGCUUUGCAUUUCCAUCAACAACAGCACUGGUGUGUGGUGACAGUGCUUUCUACUUCCUAUGCAGCAGGCUUGUGGCUCAGGGAGGGAUUCAGCCCACAGAAUUAGCACUGGUUUCCUCAGUGCCUGAAAUGCCAGGAAGAAGUUUUUGAAGUACUCCAGGCCUGCAAGGCUCUUAAGACAAGCUGAUCUUCAUUAAUCAGUGGUCAGAUAUCAGUGGAAUCAUGGGACAAACUUGGGGGCAAUUGCUUCAUUUAGAAAAGCACAGUUGUUGAAUUUUUCUAAACCUUUGUGUGUUCAUGGGUGAUGUAUGGGUUGUUUGUCAGACUGCCUUUGUAUCUUCAUUAAAAGAGAUCCAAAGUCAACUUUA